AUGGUCCGCUGGCUUGUCUCCAAGAAGGGUGUGCCCGUGUUGGCAAGCGUGAGAUCGGACCCUGCUGCACAGUCACCAUGUGUCUUGGUCGUGAAGUACAACGAGGAGCCAUUGCAGCUUAGCUUCCAUUUACAAUGCACGACUUUCAUUAAUGGCUUCGAUGAUGAGCAAACGUUUACUUUGAUCUAUGAUGCUGACAACCUGAUGCGCGACGCAACUACGCUCAGCGAUGCUACCACGUCCCUUUCCCACGACCAGUUGACCUCCAUCGCACGCGCCGGAAAUCCCCAAAUAAGAGCAUUGGCUCUAACGCUCGCGAAGCCAUGCAAGAUCAGGUGCCCUUCUUCAACCGCUACCUUCACAUCGAAGAGCGGAUAUGAGGCCCCCUUCCACCGCCUGGCUGCCCUCGCGAAAGCUACAGCAAUCGAUAUCACCUUUGACUACAAUUGGGUGCACGCCAACAAUCGUCUUCCUCUAGAACGCCUGUUCAAAGAAUUGGGAGCGUUUUCGGGGGUCUCUGAGAGUGCCGAUGGAUGUGUAUACGCGGAUUGGGCCAUCUUCUGUACCGUUGAAGAAGACCACCAACCACCACCUUCGUACACAAACGCGGUAGACGCAGGUGCAUCACAAAAGCGACCCAGGCGUGUUACACCACCCUCGCAGCCCGCAUCGCCGCCUCAUAAACGUCCGCACCACGAUCAUGGGUCGCCCACAGAAGUUGCGACAUCCUCCCCUUGUCCACCCGGCACAUCCCAUCAUUCGCCAUUCGAGAAGGAGGAAGCAGGACUUACGAGUGCACACCCAUCUCUACACGCCAGUGCCCAGCUCGCCUUCCAAGACGUUGUCAACAAGGCCGUCGCGGCUCAGCUUCCAGCCAUUGUCGAAAGUAUGUUGCCCAACAUUCUCAGGAGCAUAUUGCCGGAUGUCCUCCAUAGAUCCCUUGCUCCCAGACAAUCACCGUCUUCGUCGCCUCCCCCUAGAGCCAGCUGUACGCCCCAACCCUCGCCUUCCCUCGGCACACUCAUAGCCGACCGCCUGGAAGUUCUGGCCAAGGAUCACUUGACUUCGAUCUUCGCCGAUGCCAAUGACCAAGCGUACAGCCUCCGUAAUCAAGCUGAAGGAGAGUUUGAGGACGUGGUUGCCGACCACAAGCUUGAUGUCGACACAAUCAAGGAAGACUGCAUACGAGAGCUUGGUGAAGUAGUUGACGAUAAGCUGUGCAAGUUCAAGGAGGAGACUGAGGAGAUUGUUGAAACUGCCGUGGAAGAAGUGGGCACCAAGAGCGGUGAAAUUCGCGACGACUUUUGCGACGGGCUUGAGGAGUUCGUGAAGAUAGCUUCUGCUUCACUCAAGAAGUUGAGAGAAGGGAAAGGCCACCGCAAUCGCAUGUCGACGAGUCAAGACUAA